AAACUAUGGUUCGUACUUACACGGGUUUAGUUGAAUAUAUCGCGAUCGCGAUACAUGGGAAAACAAAAUGCCGAUGUGCGUGUUCUUCUUGAAUCUUUGUAUUUAUUUUACUUUAUACAAUUUGACAAAUCAGAAAUUUCGUCACAUAGGAAUAUUUAAUUUAAUAUUGGUGUGACUUAAUACAACAAACCGAACAUCUCGCAUAAUCUACGUCUUCGUUUAUAAAACGAACUAAUCUAUCCAUGUCGUCUGACGUAUGAAGUUCAGUGUUUUGUUCUUUAAAAGUAUUGUUGCUUUUACGCGCUAUCAAUUAAUGACCAAUACAGCAGAAUAAUACGUCUUAUCAAACAAUCAUGCAAUUGCGAAAAUUUUAAUCAAGUGAUUUAUCUCACAAUCAGAUUCUCGGGAGAGACUCGAUGUGUAAAUUGUAGUUAUUCAUAAAAAAGAAAGAUGUCUGGGGGCGACCGAAAGAAACGUGCUUGUGACAGAGGACAGGGCUGGGAAGAAGCAGGUGCUGAAUUUUAUCAGGAGAGUUAUCCAGCCGCAAUUGAAGCGGAUUUACAACAAGCACUACAAAGGGAUCCAUCUCAUAUAGCUACUUUACUACCGAGUAAAAAGUCUCGCGUUGCAACUGCGAAACGAAUACGAAAUGAUACAAAGACUACGUUGAGGAGACGUACAAGCACAAGGUCUCGUGGUACGACCACGUCACGACGUAUGUCGACAAAUAUUCACGAUGCUGCAGUGUCUAUGCUACCAGAUUUGUCUGAGAACCUAUCGAAUGAAGAACGAACUUGGGAAGAGAUAAUGCAGAUCAAAGCUAUGCCUGUGUGUAUGGCACAAAAAAUACAGUUGAAAAAUCAAUUACAAAGUGCAACAAAAUUAAGACUACAGGGUUUCGAACAAUUAAAAUGGCAAAGAAGAAAAGUUUGGCAACAGUUCCGUAUUAGGAUGAAGGAAGCGUAUUCUAAAAUGGAAUUGUGGAAUAACAGUCUCAAAACAAUUGGAGGAAACUUUGGAAUGGGGAUUGUAGCAUACUUCUUGUUCAUCAAGUGGAUAAUGUAUCUCAACGUUCUUUUAUUUGCAAUUAUGUUUUUAUUUACUGUGAUACCAUCAAUAUUGUUGGACAUGCCAAACACCGAACAAUGCGAAAUGGCCAAUAACAGUCAUAGUAUUGUUUGCUGUUCAGAGUUAUAUUUGAAUGAAACUCAAAAAUAUCAUAGUAUAGCAGAUAUAGUCCAAGGUACUGGUAUUUUGGAGUAUACUUUCCUAUUUUAUGGAACAUACAGCCAUCUGACCUUCGACACUUCUGGUAUGCUUUAUAAUCUGCCAUUAUCUUAUAUCUUAGCCACUAUUGGUGUGUUUAUUCUUAGUUUAACAGCUAUCGUUAAGUCAGCCGCAAAGAGUUUCAAACAGAGAGUAGUUGAGAAUGAAGGUCAAUUUUAUCAGUAUUGUAAUCUAGUUUUUGGUGGCUGGGAUUACUGUAUACAUAACGAAACCUCCGCAGCUGUAAAGCACAAAGCAUUAUACAAUGAAAUGAAAGCAUUUCUAGAAACUGAGAGAUUAGAAGAAGAAAGACAAAAUCGUACGAGAGAAGAAAAGACAAAAUUGUUUCUCAUGCGUUUUCUCAUUAAUUCAUUAGUUUUCGCUGUAUUAGGCGGCUGUGGCACAUUCAUUUAUUACAUAUUUGAAUUUUCCUUUGAUCAAAUUUCGUCGAAAGAUGUCCUGCGUUACGGUUCAGAGUACUUAACGUUGAAUAGAAUCGCUUACUUAUUUUUCGAAUUUCUACCUUACAUAUGUAUCGUUGUUUUAAACGUUAUAGUACCAUUUCUUUUCCGAUAUCUGGUCACUCUUGAACAUUAUAGUCCAUUGUUUGUUAUACGUAUGACUCUUAUCCGUACUAUAUUUCUACGUCUUUCUUCUCUGAUCGUCUUGCUCACAUCGUUUUAUAGAUUAAUCGUGAUCAACGUAGAAGGUGAUAAAUGCACUGACAGAAAACGGCCAUUGUGUUGGGAAACAUUCGUGGGGCAACAGUUCUACAAACUCUAUAUCACUGAUAUCUUUCUACAGUUUUUUAUUACAUUCUUCAUCAAUUUUCCAAGAUCGCUAAUAGCGAAACAUACAGAGAACAAAGUAUUACGAUUUUUCGGGGAACAAGAAUUUGACUUGUCUAAAAACGUAUUAGACAUGGUUUACUUGCAAACCAUCUGUUGGCUCGGUCUGUUUUUUGCACCUCUGCUACCAUUAAUUGCAGUGCUUGGCACUUUCCUAUUGUUUUACGUGAAAAAGUUUUCUUGUCUAGUAAACAGUACUCAGUCGAGCAAAGUAUACAGGGCAAGUAAAUUAAAUGCGUUUUUUAUGUUGAUACUACUAAUUUCCUUCAUUCUGUGUACAAUACCAAUCGGCUAUUCGAUCGCAGAAAUAGUGCCGUCAAAGUCUUGUGGACCAUUCAGAGGCUUAAAGUCAGUAUGGUCAUUAUUAAUUGAUAUGUUUGAUGAACAACUUCCUGACUGGUUGCAAACCACAUUACGUUUUCUUAGUACUGCCGGAUUUGGAGUACCAGCUUUUAUAAUUAUUACUUUGCUUUUGUAUUAUUAUUAUGCUGUGUCAGUAGCAAACAAGCACAUGGUCACGGUAUUAAAGAAUCAGCUAGUAUUGGAAGGUCAUGAUAAGCAGUUUCUUCUUAACAGACUAAGUGCAUUUAUUAAACAACAACAGGAUCAGAACAAGUAUCAUCAAGACCAGGCAAACGAAUUGGGUACAUUCUCAUAAUCAGUAUUAUGAAAGUUAAGAGGUUCUAAUAGUACGUAAAUUCAGUUUACAGCUGUAUAUGUAUAAGCUGUAUAAAAAUUGUCCAAAUCUGAUCGACUCAAAUUAUAUUUUGUAUUAUAAUAAGACUGUUUAUUAACUUACUUAUUUAGAUAUUAAGUUAGUCGCAUUCGAAAUAUUCUGGCCAAUUAUAUUAAGCCUAAUUGGAUAGUGUUUAAGGACGUAUACAUCACUUUUUUUAUUGGAUAUAUUUAACAAAUUCAAUUUUUAAAUGAAUUAAACAAAUGAUAUUUAAAAAUCAGGGUACAAAAUGAACGCAGUGCAAUAGUAGAACAAAUCACGAAUUGUUUACUAUGUAUUAUUAGCUUUAAUAAGUAUAGAAGGAUUAAAAUGCAUACGGAGUAUGGCAAUUAUAAGGAUAACCAUCUCUUUAUAAAUGUAUUUUUGUUUUGUAAGAUGUUAGGCAGAAUAACGUGAUUGCGUUCAUUUAUAGCGACACAAAGUAAUGAAUUCACGUUCUUAUUUUAUAAAUAAAUGUUAGGGUGCUUUUGCUACAAUGAAGUGAAGUGAUAUAUGAUGGACCUAUUUUUAGAUUAGCUGAGUAUUAGAAAUAUAAUACAGUUGUAAAUAGAUUUUGUAGGUUGAUCACAAGAUAUUUACGAGUAAGAACACCAUUUUACAGUAGGAUUCCAAACUGUAUUAAUUUAUAUUGAAAUCUUGUCUUUCGUUGCAAGCAUUUUUGUUGCCUAGUUUUACAAUUCUGAGAACAAUUUUAUGAUAUUUAUUAUACAUACGAUUGUAUUUACUCUGUACUUCUUUUGGACACGUAUACAUAUAGAUAUAAGUGUUAUCUUAAUACUAGACAGUUCGAAAUAUUUUGAUCUUUUAAGUACUGAUUAUUCUAUUAAUUCAAAAGCAAACUUGUUUUAUCUUAAACACUGCCAUUGUACAUGAAACUAGGAAAAUUAUUUUUAACUUUUCUAUCUAUAUACAUUCCUAUAUGCAUGUAUAAAAAAAUUCCAUUAGAAACUAUGCAUGUACCUCUUGCAAAUAUAUAUAUUGCAAAACUGCCCGUACAUACUUUGAAUAGUUCUUCAAAUAGUUCUUGAAACGUUUUAUAUGGAUUUUGUACAAAUUCAACAGCUGAAUAUUAAUGUCAUGUUGAACACAAUUUAACCACGAAUUACUAUUAAUUUAUAAGUAAUAAUCUCUAAUAUCAUUGUAAGCAGUAUCAAAACUGACGCAACGCAUUUUACACUCAAUAGUAUUACAGUCGAUAAGAAAAGAUUUUUGUGUUAAACGCAUAAAAUAAGUAGUAAAUGCUUUCACCUUCACUGCAACUUUUAUAUAUUUAUAAAAAUAAGAAGAUGGAUUACGGACACUAUUUAUCUUGUAAAAGACUGCACACUUUCUAAACACAGCUUUCCUAAUUAAGUCAAAGAUUAUUUGCAAAGUUUUGCAUACGUCAUAAGUGAUUAUAAGAUAUCUGUUAUGUAUGACAAAAAUAUAUGCUCAUGAUAUAAAUGGUGGUUAAUAAACUAUAACAUACCUGUAUA